AAUGGUUGAUGUCCCUUGAAUUUCAGAUCCUGAAGCAAAGAAAAUCAAUGAACCACGAUGCUGUUGCUGAAAUUGAUUAUUGAAGAACUAUACAUGUUAAAAAGAUUCUGAAGUUUUCUCAGUGUGAAACCUGAUAUGUUUUAAAGAAUAAGAUGAAGAAAUACAGAAAAUUGGUGCCAUAGAAAGUUGAACAAUUUACAGAAAAUGUCUAGGCCAGUCCACUUUCAAAAUCAUAGAAAGGUAAACCCUGCUGGCCACCCAAAAUGGCCUUUUUUUAAGAUCGUAACAACAGAACAGGGCAAGAAAGAAGAAAAAGAUGGCUGCUGUUUUCUGUGGCAGGGUUUCUAUGGUAGUGUUGAUGUUGUCAACUUUCCAAUCUUCAAGGAAAAGGAAGUAAAACAAGUAGCGUUAGGUGGGGACCACUGCCUCUUUUUGACCAAGGAUGGCGGUGUCUAUGCCUGCGGCCAGAACAAUUAUGGACAACUGGGGGAGGGUAGCUUAGAGACAAAAGAGACUCAUGAUCCAGUGUUGGUUGAGAGUCUAACAGAUAAGGAAAUUGAAUAUAUUGCUUGUGGAUCCAAUCAUUCUGCUGCUGUUACCAAAUAUGGUGAUGUCUUCUGCUGGGGAGUCUCAAGUGAAGGACAAUGUGGGGUACCAGAAGAGAGUGAAAAUUUAUAUGAAGGGACUGUUCCUUUACCUCAUCUUGUUGAAAUUGUUAAGACUUGUGAUGAAGUUUGUGAACAUGGAAAUACGGGUCCACAUGAAAAAAUUGCAAUUCAGAAAAUUAUCUGUGGUAAAAAUCAUACGGUUGCUCUAUCUGUUGAUAAUGAAUUAUGGGUAUGGGGGAGUGGCAUAGCAUUAGGAGUGAAUGCAGUCACAAAAUCUGUUACCCCAAUACAAAUUGAGGCAUUUAAUGGAAGAAAUGUCUUGGAUAUUGUAUGUGGUGAAAUGUACACUAUGGCUUUGGUCGAAAGAAGUCUUCUUGAUAUUGCACCAAGAAAACGACCAUCAAAUAUUGAAAAAACUACACAUAAACUUUUUCCAUCUACUUGUUCAAAAUGUAAUGAGGAAAUCUACAGUUACAUGGAAACUUCUGAUACCUGUAUAAUUACAGAGGAUCAUGUUUGCAAAGAUACUGUAAAAACAAGUGUAUCAGACCAAUCACAGUCAAUAAUACAUCUUGAAGAAUUGGUAGAUACAAGCCAAUCACAACAAAGCUUACAAACAGUUAAUUCAAAAGAAAAGAAAAUUACAACAGAAGAGGACAGUACUGCAACAACAGAAGGUACAUCAAAAGAAACCAUAACAGGAGACAAUUCCAAUGCUAGUGAAAAAGUUUUAAAGGGAGAUAAUCCUGGUAGUGAAUCAGAUUCUAAGGGAGAUAACCCUGCAAGUCAACCAAAUAUACAGCGCUCUAUUUCAGAUGAAAAUGUGUGGCAAAGACAAAAACCUGAAAUUGAAAGGUCUUUGUCAUCCAAAAGUGAUCACAGGGUUUCAAGAUCAAAAAGUUUUCUUGAUGGUAAAAAUGCAAGACAAUUUUUAGCAAAACAGCUAGAUGAUGAUGACCUAGCAUUAAACAUUGAUUCUAAUGGCACAGUUCUUGAUGGCAGUGCUGCAAAAGGAGCUGUAACUGACAUUUGGUCAACAGUUCAAACAGGUAUGCAGUCUGCUUAUGCUAUUCCGCAGCAAAUGACUGGCAUGCUUAGUGGCUUUAAGACAUCACUAAUGGACAGAAUGUCUGCGUCUGCACCAGAAGAAAAGGAAAAAGAAGAUACAAAUUCUAGCGUAGAUUCAAAUAUUCAUCUUGUCGGGUUUGACACAUCUGACGAAGAUGUCUUUCACGCUACACAAAUUGUGGAAAGCCAAUUAGGGAAAGAUUUUAGAAAGUCGAGUACGUCAAAAUCCCCUGAUCCGAAAACCCCUAAAAAAUCAAACACUUCUUUUGGUGAAACAACAUUUAUAGAGGGAAUACAGACAGAGAUGCUUUUCUUAGACGACAGUAAAACUGAUGAAUUAGACCAAAGCAAAACUGUAGACCCAGGGGAAGUAACUCCUAAACGUGGAAGCCAGUCAGGUGAGACCACAACAAAGAGAUCAUCCAUGAGGACCAUUUUAGCGAAGCAAGAAGAACUGGAAAGACAAGUGUCAACACGAUCAUCAACCACAGAAGAUGAAAUGAAGAGGCCCUCCAUUAUCAUAGAUACAGAGGUGUGGUCAUGGGGCAAAAAUAGCAAAGGUCAAUUGGGUGUUGGUGACAUGGGUGACAGACCUAAUCCAACCAUUGUAAAAGCCUUGUCUAACAAGCGUAUAACCAAGAUAUGUUGUGGGACAACUCAUGGAAUGGCAUUAACAGCUAAUUCACAGGUAUACAGUUGGGGCAGCAAUGCAUCAGGGCAGCUAGGGAGAAAGGAGGAAGCAGCAUUACCUGGUUUGAUAAAGAUGGUGCCAGGAUGUUUCAUAUGGGAUAUUGCUGCUGGAAGUUGUUUCUCUAUAUUCCUAAUCGACAGAGCUGGAUUCCAACCAGAAGUCUUUUUUGUUGGAAAACAUCCAACGAAAGAUUUGUAUGUACCUAACCAUGAAACAAAUAGACUGACUUCAUUGAAUUUUCUGAAACAGGCUGGCUGGAUAAGAUCUAUAGUGGCAGGGGGAGAUAACAGCUGUUGUACUUCCUGUUAUAGUUUCUCCGGGUAUUUCAUGACUUUGUUUGAAGUUGCUGCUACUGAAAGAAAAUUUUACUUCUACCUACACAAAGUGAUGAAGUUGUUGCUGGAUCCUUUACAAAAAUCUGCUUUUUAUACCAGUCUUGAUGUUUAUCCGUACAAAUCAACACUACAGAACUUGAUGACAGCUUUCCAAAGAAUAUUUACAAAGAUUUGUGAAAGUAUGAUAGAGAUGACAGGAAUGAUUAGUAAAGGAGAAGAUCUCCUACAGGCUUCUUUCUUCACUAAUUACAGCAGAUAUACCGUGGAAUACAAACGUUACUAUGUGGCACUCAGUGAUAUGUUAGCUGUGGCAGGAUUUGAAUACAUUUGUAAAACAGGCAGCUCCUUUUUUGACAGUGAUAUUGUAUCUAAAUCUUUGAAAGAGUUACUUCCCUCUGAUACAAGGAUAGAGAGACCUAAUUACCAUUUCCUUCUGAUACAGAUCCUGGAAUCUCCAUUAACUCACAUGAAGGAAUAUUCCAUCCUGGCAGAGAAACUAUCUUCUCAUUUUCAACAGGACUCUGAAGAGUUUAACAUGCUGCACAGGGUUUCCCUUAAUUGGAGCAGCAUACGGCAUAUGUCAACUACAGAUAUUGAUAUAGCAGAAACAACAAGGGCAUUCUGGGGAGGAAAUAGUCUACAAAAACUUGCUGAUGCAGUGAAGAUUCCAAGUAGAAGGUUGGUUAAGGACAGUAAGAAGAGUCCACUUAUGUUACAGGGAGGGGGAAGAUUUUCCUCACACCUUUUCCUGUUGUUUAAUGACAUGUUUAUACAUGUACAGGGUUAUAAUUUUCAAGUUUUUCAACUAGAAACUGCCUGGAUUGAGGCUCCAACAGGAGGAAAAUUAGAAAAUGUGAUUGUUUUGACAUUCCCAGAAGAUAAAAUGGUUUUGACAGCAUCUAAUGCUGGAGAAAGGGCAGAAUGGCUGAUGACAUUGAACUCUGCAGUAAAUAAAGUGUUAUCAUCACAGAAGACUGUUGGACGACGUGGAAGUACCGAACGUUUAACACCACCUGAUAUCAGACAAGCCUCUUUCACUUUUACAAAGCAUCCAGUGUACAAAGACGCCACAUAUGUAGGGUAUUGGAUGAAUGGAAAAAUACAUGGCUUAGGAGAAAUGAAAUGGAGUGAUGGCAGAAGAUAUAAUGGAAAUUUUAAAGAUGGCCAUUUACACGGACAUGGAAAGCUAACUAUAAAACAAGAUGAUGGGUCAGAAAGGUCACAGGAAGGUUAUUGGAAAGAAGGUCAACUUCAUGGUAUGGGAAAGGUCAAAUAUUCAAAUGGAGAUGUAUAUGAUGGUCACUUCAAAGAAGGCCAGAGACAUGGACAUGGUUUAUACCACUAUGGAGGUCCAAGUCCAAGGUCCACCAGUAUAUACAUUGGAGAAUGGGCUGAAGACAAUAGACAUGGCUAUGGAGUAUUGGAAGACAUCAUGAAAGGAGAAAAAUAUAUGGGCAUGUGGAAUGAAGAUAAGAAGCAUGGUAAAAGUAUUGUAGUUACUUUGGAUGGAAUGUAUUUUGAAGGGAAUUUUGACAGGGACAGUCUCAUGGGUUUUGGAUUGAUGUUAACCUACGACAAUAGUUGUUAUGAAGGAGAAUUCUAUGGUAUAACACAGCUCCAGGGAAAGGGUAAACUGAUCAUGCCGACAGGAGAUUCAAUAGAAGGGAUUUUCUCUGGCUCUUGGAAUGAAGGAUUAAAAAUAAAUGGCAUGUUUAAAAAGUCAGAUGGACAACAGGAGACAAAAAAAGCAAAAUUAAAAGUACAAAUUCCAUCAAGUCAUUAUGGAAAGAUGUCAGUUCCAGCUGACAAAAAAUGGGAAGGAAUGUUCGUGCAAUGCCGCACAGUGUUAGGGGUCAAAGGUCAAGCUAAGGCAAACACUAACAAAGCAUGGGAAGGGGUUGCUGUGAUGGUGUCGAAAGGUCGACAAGUUUUACAUGAGAUGAAGACAAGAAAUUUGUCCAGUAAAUGGAAAAAAUUCCAGGGAUCAUUUGUGGAAGAAAUAGAAAAGAUUCCACCACAUGAUAAAGGGAUGUUGACCACAGAAUAUUAUAAUGAUAUCAAGAGAUAUUUGGACAGGGCAUUUGAGAUUUCAUUUCACCCUCUUGGUAAGCUGAUGGAUGGACUUGUAGAUGUCUUUAGGGCAGCUUAUGUUGGUGUCGGAGCACAUCCACGACUUCUCAAUCAUGCUGUAGCAGAAGUCAAUUCUUAUGUAAAGAGAAUUUACCUCACUGUAAGAAUAUUAUUCCCAGAUUUACCUCAGAAUGGAGGCCCUCUACAAAUCAGAUCAGAAAAAUAUGUUGAUAUUGACAGUGAUGACGAGACAGACGGAGUUAUUGCUCUUCAGUCUACAAAAAGUGAAAAACAGGUUGUGUCUGCAGGAGGGUUAUUACAUCCUAUUUUACUGCCAAAGAUUUAUCCCCCUUUGUUUGACCUUUAUGCCCUACACAAUGACAAAAUGGAUGAGAAAUAUUGGGAAAGAGUACAGAAAUUAAAUAAACAAGGAGACGUGGCACUGAUGGCUUAUCUUGGAGUUGAUCAAAAGUUUUGGUUGUUAGAUGAAAGUUUUUUCAGCAAGAGAAGUUCAUCCUUGUCCAACAUAAGGGACCAUUGUUAUGUUAUUGCUAUAGAAAGACUUCAACAGAUCAGUACUGCCUUUAGUCCAAAAGAAAAGUUACAAGUUAUAAGAGAUUCUUUUACAGAAAUAACAGAGACUGUUCAGACAACAUUAGGAGAAGAACAUAUAUGGUGUAUGGAUGAACUUUUCCCGAUCUUCCAGUAUGUGGUUGUGAGGUCUAAAAUCAGGCAUCUUGGAGCUGAAGUACAUUUCACUGAUGAUUUGAUGGAACGAUAUUUAGAGAACGGAGAACUGGGAAUAAUGUUCACAACUCUUUAUGCCUGUUAUUACCAAAUCCAGAAUGAGAAAAUACCAACACACUAAUAAAAGUCAGAAGUGACAUCAUAGAGAAAUAUAGAAAUAUUAAAAUGGCGACAACUUUUAGAUAUUUGUAUAACAAGCUGUACAAAUAUGUGCAUAUAAUCUUGCAAUUGUGUGAAUUAUUUAUUGUGAAGUGACAAUAGAAGAACAAGACAUUAUUGAUUUGUUUACCUCUUCCAUUGCAUCAGCAUCUAAUGUUAGAAUGUGAAUUGUUAUUGAAUUUUUCGGGUAAGAAUGUUUUCAUUUUGUGUUCAUAUGGCUUGAGUUUAUCAUCACUCACAUUAGCUAUUGUUGUUAUCAUUUUUUAUGUUCAAAAUCUUGUCAUACAAAACCACUUGAAUCAAACUCACCCUUAGGGUAUCUUUUAUGUGUAUUUGUUAGAAGAAACUGGAUAUUCAAGAACAAAAUUUUAGUAAUUUUUAUAUUUCUAAAGAAUGUUCAUUACAUCUGCAUAUAAUGUAAGAAUGUGAUUUGUCACUAAAUUUUAUGUAAAAAUGUUUGCAACUCUUGUUUUUAUGACCUAUAGAUCAGGUGAGCUAUGAAUAUUACCAUAGUUUGACAAAUGCUGUUGUUGUUAUAAUUGUUUGUGUUUAAAACCUUGUCAUCCAAAACCAUUUGAACCAUUAAAAUGAAACUUACAGAGAUUCAAACUCAGGGCAUCUACUAUGUGUAUUUGUUUUUACUGACCAACCAACAGGGUUAUCAUGGCUGAAGGCAUGCAAUCCUGUAUUAUUCUGUUUCUGAGCAUAACAGUCUUUGUUUUAUUACUUCUUAUGAUGAUGGGUGCUAAUAAGCCAAAUAACAGCAAAUACCAAUGUUUAAGUCUUUGGUUUGAACCAAAAUAGAACCCUGAACCUUAGGCCCUAGAGGAGAGCAAUCUUCAUUAAGCCCAUAGAGUCUUGGCUGUAUGACAAACUAACAAUACACUAUAUACUGGAGUUGUUGCCCCUUUAAUGAUAAAAUUUAAACUUUCUUUUGCUGUUUUUUUAUGUUGAAUAUCAUUAAUAUAUUAAUGUUAAAAUAGUGAAAACAAAGAAAGUAACUUAUCAAUUGAUACUUCAAAAGUGUGAUAUAGCUGUAUAGUUGUUUCUGUCAGGCUGUAAUAAUUUGUGCACAUUUUUAUGUAUUUUAUUACAUUUAUACACAUCAAAACAUGUCAUACGGUGUAAGUUAAUAAUAUUUUUCUUUUUUUGUGAUGUUGAAAACUGUUUAUUCCAAAAAUAUUGUAUACAUUUUUAUACAUUUAUUAUUGCUAUUUCUCAAGAAAGAAUUAUAAUGUCAGAUCAAUUCUUAAAUUCAGUUAAUUUACAAUACUUUUUGCAUUGGUAGCAAGUUUACUGUUUUCCAAUGAUUAAGUCAUGUAUAGAAUGCAUUAAACAGUUAACUUUCCCCCAAAAUUGUACCGAUUAAAAUAUUGAAUAUACUUGACCGAGUUCCAAGAUGUCCUACCACAGAGAAGGUAAACUAUCUAAAAAAAUAUAAAUUCCGGAGUCAAAAGUCAGUAUAGGAAAAUGGCAUAUUCUAUUCAGACAGAACAUGCUUUAUGUUAAGAUUCAUGACAUCAAAAACCAAUCUGAAAAUUUGUCCAUAGUAGAAGCUUUAAGUAAAUAAAGGUCAGAGGUGGAUCCAGAAAUUUUCAUAAGAAGGGGCCCACUGACUGCCUAAGAGGGGGCUGGCUAGAGUGAUUCCCUAUAUAAUCAACAUAUGUUUCCCACAAAUCCCUUAUCUGGUCUUGCAGGUAAUAACAUUUAUUUUUACAUCUUAUUAAAUGUAUGUAGCAUCAUAUGCAGAAAUUGUUAGUGUUUAUACAAAUUUUCUCUUAAUAGAAAUCAAUUCUUUUUUGUUAUAUAUCAUUAUGAUAGAUGCAUAUUGUUUAUUUAGUAUUUAUUUAUGAAUUGUUUUGUCUUGUCUUAAAGACAAUUUACUGUGAUCAUUUCUUAAGCUGCAUAUAGUUUAUAAUUCUAUGAAUAUUUGUAUAUUAAUGUCAUAUAUGAAUACAAUUUAAAUUCCUUAUGCAUAUAUAAUAAAUGGCUUAUGAAAUUUUAACUCUUUAUUUUCCAAGCAGUUUUCCUUGUGGCUGUAAUGUAUCAUAAAAUAUUGAGGCGCUAGAAUAUAAUGAAAGAGAAUAAUAGGCAAAAAGUAUUAAGAAUAGAGAUAAAUAGCAUAAAUAAUUAAAGAGUACAGAAAUGAAGGUCCCUCAUCCAGAC